AUGAGCUCCAUAGAAGUACAAGGCAAUAAGCCUCAUGCUGUAUGCAUUCCCUUUCCAAUUCAAAGCCAUAUAAAGGCAAUGCUGAAAUUAGCAAAGCUCCUACACCAUAGAGGUUUUCAUAUAACCUUUGUUAACACAGAGUUCAACCACCGCCGCUUUCUUAAAUCUCUUGGACCUAACUCCCUCAAUGGCUUGCCUGAUUUUCAAUUCGAAACUAUUCCAGAUGGUGUUCCAGCUUCAGAUGAGGAUGCCGGCCAAAACGCGUAUUUGCUUUGUGAUUCCAUCAGAAAAAAUUUCUUGGCAGUAUUUCGUAACCUCCUUUUAAAACUCAAUGACAUGGCAACUUCUAACAAUAUUAGUAAUCCUCCAGUGACUUGCAUUGUUUCAGAUGGUUUCAUGACUUUCAGCAUCACAGCUGCUGAAGAACUUGGAAUCCCUGUUGCACUGUUCUUUACUAUUGCUGCAAUUGGAUUCAUGGGCUUUAAGCAAUAUCCCACUUUGGUAGAGAAAGGACUUGCCCCACUCAAAGAAGAGAGCUAUUUAACAAAUGGCUUUUUGGACCAGGUCAUAGAUUGGGUUCCCGGAACGAAAGCUAUUCGUUUAAAGGAUCUCCCAAAUUACUUUCAAACUACAAACCCCAAUGACAUCUUGUUCAAGUUAACCUUGGAAGCAAUGUACAGAGUUGAUAAAGCUUCAGCAGUUGUUCUUCAUACUUUUGAUGAGUUGGAGGCAGAUGCUUUGCAUGCUCUCUCAUCAAUGCCUCCACCUGUUUAUACCAUUGGCCCUCUCCAGUUACUUCUCAAUCAGAUACCACAACACCCUUUGAAGUCCAUGGGAUAUAGUCUAUGGAAAGAAGAAACUGAAUGGUUUCAAUGGCUCAAUGCUAAGGUGCCAAACUCAGUUGUUUAUGUAAACUUUGGCAGCAUAGUGGUCAUAAAGUCAGAAGAUCUUAUUGAGUUUUGUUGGGGACUUGCAAAUAGCAAGCUUCCCUUCUUCUGGGUAGUUAGACCUGAUCUGUUAGUUGGUGAAUCGGCGAUUUUGCCACCUGAGUUUGUAGCUGAAACUAAGGGAAGAGGUUUGGUAGCAAGCUGGUGCCCACAAGAGCAAGUCCUUAGCCACCCCAUCAAUUGGAGGAUUCUUAACACACAGUGGUUGGAACUCAACCAUUGA